AUGUUCUUCUUGAGCAUUGAAAAUCUUUGCGAUAUUGCUGAGCAGUCGAAAGAAGAUCAAUGUUAUGAGGCUUUUCAAUUGUUUCAACUCUCGGCUGCAGCCUCGUAUUCUUCUUGGAUUUUAGAAAUACAUAAUGAUGAUGACAAUAAUAACCGUGACCAUCAUCCCACAUGGAUUGAUCGGAACGAUAGAUUUGAUUCACACCAUUAUUCUCAUCAUUCGAAUUCAACUUUAAUGGAAAACACAAUCAAUAAUAUAAUUUCAUCAACAACCAACAUCACAGAUUCAAUACUGUCCGUAGGUGGUGGUGGUAGUAGUGGUGAAAAACAUGGAAAGGGUGAUGAUGAUUCAUGCAAAGUCAAUCGCUCGCGCAAGUAUCGUUCGAUAUCAAAACCCACUUCUACGAGUUUUCACAGUGGUUGUUUGGUGCAAAACUCACAAAUGAAUUGGUGCCUUUUCGUAUCUGGAUGUACUAACAUGAGUGACGAUGUUGUGAUUCAAGCUUUUGAUUUGGACACAAGGACAUGGAUUGAAUUAUUCCAUGACAAGAAAUACUGUUUCGAUGAUGACGAUGAAGAAGAGCCAACCACAAACCAAGAUGACAAUCGUGAUGACAUAAAUGAAAACACUGAUAACAUCAUGAAUGACGACGACUACGACGAGAUUAUUAAUACAUAUCCACUUCAAAUUUGGGGCCACAGUGUUUGCUAUUCUCCUCUCACCAAACUCUUGUACGUUUUUGGUGGUAUUGGAAAUGAUGACGGUUACAAUGACAAACUUUUCGAAUUUUCUUUGGACGAGCGUAACUGGAAAUGGAGACGAACGAAGAAUGAACUCGAAAACAGCAGCACAGAAAAUACUUCUACCGAUACUACACAACUUUGUAGACCACCAGAAGGACGUCAAGGACACAGAUGUGUCUAUCUUACAAAUCAGCACAAAAUUGUCAUAUUUGGUGGUUAUUCAGUUCAUCACUUGGAUGAUUUUUUUGUCUAUGACAUUAAGCUAAAUAUUUGGUCACACAUGGAAGAAUGUGGCAACAAGUCAAAUCGCCUCUCUCCCAGAGAAGUUUUUUCCAUGGUGUUGAAUGAACAACGCCAAUCCAUUGUAUUUUUUGCUGGAAAGGAUGAUAAUUACCGGUAUAAUGAUGUAUGUGAAUUUUCACUGGUGACCAAGAGGUGGUACCUUCUUCAUCCGGGUGGAGACAAAAGGAGUGUCGACUCAAACACCUCCUCAAAGCAACAUGUGAAUACGGACACUCCUUCAGCUAGAAGCUCUCACUCAUGUGUCAUGAUCGAGAAAUUACAACGAAUGGUGAUAUUUGGAGGAUAUAAUGGAGACCAUUGGCUUAAUGAUUGUUGGAUGUUUGAUUUUGCUUUGAAAACGUGGACUAAAGUUGAACUAUUCCCUCAACGUCUCUCUAAGAAUAGUUUGAGAACAUUCCAGAACGGUUUCAGUAGUCAUGUAUCAGUUUUUGACCCGUUAAAGAGCGAAAUGCUUAGUUUUGGUGGUUGGUCUGGAGAUUAUGACAACAAUGCACUGUGGUCAAUAACUUUUCCAACUCUGAAUGAACUCGAUUUUCAAUCAAAACUUGGCAAUCUUGUGGAUAAGAAUGUACUGAGCGAUAUAAUGAUAGUAACGUGCUCUUUUUCUUCUUCUUCUUGA